AUGCCAGGCGUUGCGGUGAUGGAUCCAACAGCCACCUCUGACCGACCACUGUUGAAGUCUCACAAGCAUCUCCCCAAGAGGGAUGUCGACUGCCCGGAUGUUGCCCACCCUGUCUCUCCGGAGCGACAAGCCACGGUCGCCACGCCCGCACCUCCUUUGACUCCGCCCGGCGCGAACCAAGAAGGCAUCCAUGAUCAUGAACCGACCCCUCGAAAGCUUGGAUCGCAACCCGAGUCUCAGACCGGCAUGUUGACUCCGCGCCGUCCAUCGAAACCCCCCACUCCCGAUGUCACUCCUCCUCGAACGCACUCCAGGAGACGUCCACCGCUGAGCCACUCGGUCCACCAUUCGGCUUCCUCGAGAGCCGAUUCCUUCCAAACGGCCCAGGAGAGUAUGACCUCCGACGGUGAUACGGAAACUCCUAUUCGCUCUGCGCAGGACGAUUCUCAGAAACACAAGCCGGCAGGCUUGCCGCAGCGACAAAAUGCGCCACCCGCCCCCGCCGCUCGACUCACUUACACAAGAGAGGCCCCCCCGUUCGCGUUCGCCGAGUGGCAGAAACCAGUGGAUGGGUCUCCAACGCCGCUACCGGGUAAACGAAAACAAUCUCGAAAGCACGAAUACGUGGUUAAGGAGACCCCUAAGGAAACGUUAGAUGUUCAGCGAUUGGAUGCCUCACUGAUGCGAGAGAAGAAACUCCGAGAUCGAGUCCGAGAUAACCAGGAAAUUCCUGAAAGUGUUUCCUUGGAACGCUUUCGGGAGGAAAUCGGCUGGCCCACCUUUGAUGGGUUAUCGCAGACAGAUGACCCAGAAUCGCGCCGUUUGUCGGACCUGUCUUCGACAUCCACAGUCUCGGCGAUGAUUAUUGAUUCCCCAAAGCGCGCUCAGCGGUUGUUGAGACACACGGAAAAGAGGAACUCCUUGCGAUCUGCGAGUUCCCCUGUCACCAAGUCUCCCACCUCUACUGUCUCCAAUCCUAGCUCUCAACCUCGACUGGCACACAAGGCUGCUCGAAUUUGCGAACAGGACCGUCGGAGCAUCUCUUCAGACAUAUCAUUCUCUGCCAAGCCGACCACUACUGCGCCUCAUGCGUCAGUCGACAUCAUUCCAGUCAUCGUGGUGCCCGAAAGGCGUUCAUCCUUGAAAUCAGGGCCCAAUAGUUAUGUCUCCUCUAAGCAAAGCUCGCAGCGGUCAACUCAGCGUCCACCCGUCUCGUCGCAGGGGUCUGGUUCAAUCCAGGUCCCUCGCCAACGACAACGAACCAUGUCUGAUUCCGCGCCUGCGCCAUCCCAAGAUCAGGACUCGAGGAGUCGUCCGCUUGGGCGCCCGGUUAUCCCGCCGCGCAGCUCGUCGCUCUCAGCCCCCACAAGUCGGAAUAACUCUCGUGCUGCAUCCCUGACGUCAGCGAGCUUGCGCAGUCACAACCAGGCCAUGGACCUGGAGUCGUUGAAGAAGGAUGGUCGGCAACCUGUGUCGACACUGCGUCAUGACGCUCUGGGCAUCGAUAUGGAGACACCAAAUGUCAAUGAUCACCAACCCGUGUCGCCGCCUCGUCACAAUAUCCUUGCUGGUAGUACCACGUUCGACCGACCUGUCACUCAGCCUAUCGUCAAAAUAGAAGAUGAUCCUCAACUCCAAAGCCUGCGGGAACCUCCGAAGAUGCCAGCACUGACCCUUAGCUCGGAAGACGUGGCGACCCUGCGACCGCCAUCUCUGCCAUUUACGCAAUGGUCGAUUCCAUCCACUUCUCCUGGGCCAAUUGAAAUCCGAGAAGCCACGGCCGUCACCCUCUUCCCGCACAACAAUCGAUCUCUGUUGCUGGUUGACCAAAGAGUACCGCCGUUUGAUCAUUUCCUUCCCCCCGGGCCUCAAACCCAUUCAUUCCGUGCCUUCUAUGAAGCUGCUGAGCCACCGUCGGAACCUCACACUCCGGAGCCAACCUUCGACCCUAGCGCAACAAAAUUCAUUUCCCCCUUGAGGCACCCUCGUACACCGCCGCAACCUCCAGUUACCAAGCCCCUGCCCCCUCUUCCUGCGCCAGAGAGGCUGGAGAGAAAGCCAUCGAAGGCCACUAGCCAACAUGUUGGGCGUCGACCUUCUGUGCGUCGUCCAUGGGGUGGUCGGCCACGCUCCAACUCCUUCACCACAAUGGCGCGGUCUCUCUCCAUGCGGUCAGCGAAGAACCGCAAAGCCGGGCUCGAGAUGAACGGGCAGGAGCACCCCUUCUGGCGCCCGCGCGGCUUCUGGGAGGGCAUCUCGACGUCACCUCCCAAGGGGAAUUCAGCCAGGCAAAGCCUUCAAACCACUGAAGAGGGUGUUAUAAUCAACAACUCCCUAGGCCUCCCGCAGCAACGGAUUACCAUUGAGGGCCCGUCCGCCAUGGCUCGUCGCAGUCCCGAGAUGCGACGUCUGCUCCAUGGAAUGUCCUCAGCCAGCCACCUGAAUGCUCAGCAAUGCUAG